AUGACGACCUCUUUCCUAUCUCGCGCUGCUGCUCUGCUGCGCAGCCGAGUGCUCGUGUCUCCCCUGCAGCAGCAGCAGCUGCUGCAGCGGCAGCUGCAGCAGCAGCGGCAGCAGCUGUUUCAGCAGCAGCUGCAGCAGCGGCUCAGCCGUUUAACCCGCAGUUUCCGCGAGCCGAGCAGCAGCAGCCGCGGCUCCACGCCCAGCAGCAGCAGCCCCAGCAGCAGCAGCAGCAGCAGCAGCAGCAGCAGCAGCAGGCCGCUGCUGCCGCUGUGUCUGCUGGCCUCCCCAAUAGCCUUCACCGACUUCAACGCAAAAGACCCAAAAGCAGAAACUUUUCUUUUCCUUUCUGGAAACGCCAUCGGCUCCCUCACCGAAAGAAUCCUCGAAAAUGAGGCCGGCCAGUCGCUGUUCAUGUUGGUGCUGUUCUUGGUUUAUUUUGGACUUAUUGGGUUCGAAGGAAAAGUAAAUGGAGCAGCAAAAAGGUUGAAGUUUGCUGUUGCAACAAACUGGCAGCUGCCUGUACACCGCAGCUACUUCUACGCGCUGCCUCCCAACCCGCUGCUGCGCAGCAGAGCAGCAGCAGCUGCUGCAAGGAGCAGCAGCAAGGGCGGCAGCAGCAGCAGCAGCAGCAGCAACUGA